AGUUGGACAUUGGCCUCCGUAAGACGAAGAGUCAGGGAAAAAGAGCCGUAGGGUGCAGGAGACAGGAGAGCACGAGUACGGCUGCCCCCUCGGAUUUCUUCUCAACGACCCACAGGACAGAGCGGAAGGAUGCGAUUGUCCACGAUUUUUGAGCUAUUGCUAAUCCUCUUGUUGGUGGCCUUCGCGGCUUACGGCCGAGUAAUUGAUCGCAAUGAGGCGACGCAUCGGGUGACUCGUGCCGCGAAUAACGUGAAGCAGACUGAUAUAGAUCUAUCGACGAUGUCGCUGAAACAGGCGACCGACAGCGUAAACCGAUACUGCACCUGCAACGAGAACAUCUGCAAUUGCUGUCGGGACUUUCACAUACCGCUUGUGCAGCUGAAAGGACCGGGAUGCGCUUCGUUGCAGUACCUUCAGGGUGACAAUUUGGCGGUCCAGCUGAGCUUCGGCGACAACAUAUUAACCAGCACGAUCGUUAACGGAAAGAAUCCGAAGCCUGUGUGCGUACCGCUACCGGGUGGCUUCACCAAAUUCUGUGGCAGAGUUUAUUCCAUCCAACGCGAUGCGAAGAAUCACUUUAAGGCAUGCCUCGGCUUAGAACUGCAAUCCCCUACCGAGUUGGAAGCUACCCUCCGCGUCAGUUGUUUCAGAUUCGGUCCAGAGGGUCUGAAGCUUCGACCGGCCGAGCCGCUUCCAGUUGUCGAGACGGAAGCCGUUUCGGAAGAAGACGACGAUGAUGAUUUUUUCGGGCUUGGCGCGGACGAUGACGACGACGACGAUGAGGACGAUGAAGGACCCGCGAAUUCCGUUCCCGAAGGCGCGGGAGCUGACGCACAGGAAUCAGACGAUGAUGACGAUGAUGACGACCUGUUGGGCUUCAGUGCUCUAUUGGAUAUCUUCACUGGCGACGACGACGUGCCGUCGAGACCUCAAUUUACCACUGCGGCGCCGUUAUUGGAAUUCACGAUACCGAUUCUACCGCGACCAACAACUCCCUCACCGUUGGAGGAUCACGAGCUGCCCAUCUCGCCCAACAACGAGCAGGAAAUUAACUACGAGGAGGACGACGACAGCACCCAGGAACCGUUCAAGACGGAAGAGGAGGAAGAAGAUACGGGAUUGAUCGAGAGCAACACCGAAGACAACACUGACGAGAACAAGGAACAGGUCACGGAAUCCUCCAAUAAAAUCGUGUACACCGCGAAACCCGAUAAGGCGCCAACCGUCAAUAAAGUGAAGAAGGGAGUCGUCGGAGACAAGAAGAAACCCACGGUGACGUCGACCAGUGUCAACGCCAUCCACGAUCCUGAGAAGCCGUCGAAGAAACCCAUUAAGGAUGAGGACGACGAAGAUGACGACGACAUUUUAGACGAUGAUGAAGAUAUCGACGACGAGGAUGAUGAAAUUCUCGACGAUGACGACGAUGAUAAGGACGACGAAGACGAAGACGAAGACGAGGAGGAGGACGACGACGACGAUAAACUGGACGAUGAAAAGCACGAAGAGCACGACGACGAUGAAGAGGACUUGAAGACCGAGGAUUUUGCCGAUUUAGACGACGAUGACGACGACGACGACGAGGAAGAUGCUAUGUUGAGUGCUCUUAUAGGUACUGGUAAAAGUAAGAAGAGCAAAGAAAAUACGAAGACCAAUCAAACCAACGUCCAUGAGCACGACGAUGAGGAUGACGGUCUUGGCUUGGGAUUUUUUGCUAGAGAAAGGCAUUCGGAAAAUCAUCAAAGCAACAUCACGAGGCUUUGAAAUUGUACAGACCGUUGCUCCAGUCAGUAGGAUAAUUGGGAGUUGAAGAAAGCUCAUUCUUCUUAUCUGGCCAUGAGUACGUUGGCCCAACAAAACUCAAGGCGUUUUGUGUCGGAUCAGCGGAGCGUUCGUCGAAGAUUUGGUGGAUUGGUAUAAUUGUGACAGUGCGACAUAUUUUUUAACGAUAAGAUUACAAGAGUCAACGUUUCUCGAAGCGUAAUUUCGUGAUGGUCUAAAAAUAAAACAGGUGCAUGUUCUUUACGACAUGCUAAUAUUACUUUAUAAUGAUAAUCAUAAAAAAGAUCGUCAAUUUUACAGUAGUUGUUAAUUGAUUUUAUUGUUGGAAAAUAAGCGGUUCACUUCGCUAUCACAAUUAUCUUUUUGUGUAGUUAAUUUUUUAUUUAUUGAAUAAUAUGGAGACUGAUACGAGAUCUUAGAGCGAAGAUGAAAGAGCUUUCUUGAGAGAAGGCUCAAAUAGAAUUGCGUGAAUUAAUGGGAAAUUUUCACGUCUGGGAAACAAGAUCCCGGGAAGAUUUUUAUAUAAUGCGAGAAUUUGAAGGAUGCUGUUUAUGAGCAAGACUUAUACCAUAUAUAUUAAAUUGUUUGUGACCUCAGCCAUAAUAAAUUGCUCGAUUAGUUUAACGUUAUUUAUUAAGAGCAAAUGAAUAUUUAUGAUUUAUGUAUUUAUUAAGUUAUUUAUUGACUCUGUAAUAA